AUGGCUUGGAGUGAAACUCUGAAAUUAGAGCUGCAGCCCUUUGACAUCCGCGUUGUUUCCUUGAUAACUGGUUCUAUCGCUACCAAUGUCAUGUCACAUUCUAAUCUGAUAUUACCAUUAAACUCGAUUUACCAAAAGGCACUUUCGGCAAUCCAGUUGCGAGGCGUUGGAAAAGAUGUGAAAACCAGGAGCACACCUGCAGAAUUUGCUCUGGAAGUUGUGAAGGAUAUCUUGGGUGGAGCGAAGGGACCUUUGUGGCGUGGCGCCAUGGCUUCCAUGGAUCGGGCAAUGAAAAGGGGUACUGGGCUGGAUCGGUUGCCGUGA